AUGGCGGCGCCGAACUUAAAUCGUGAGUUUGUGAUAAGUUUUUUCCAAUUUGACGAGUUACUCCAGCCCCCAGACGGUCAAUUCCUUGGCAAAACAUCGUUCAUGAUCGCUGCUGCUCUGACAUUAUGCAUGCGAAGGUCUAAAGUCCCAAAGAUCCAAGGAUUCUGCGAAGAUGUUGUGCCCAUGUUCAGCCUGCGUGACUUUUCAAUGCAUUUUCGAUUCAGCAAGGGCAUAUUUGUCUCUGUUCUGAAUGAAAUUCAGGAAGACUUGGUUAGCAACCACUUUGGAGGCAGGGAUCCCGUCAGCCCCGAGAAGCAGUUACUUGUAUUCAUGUGGUACAUAGUCAACCAAGAAUCUAUGAGGCAAAUAGCUCUCCAGUUUGACUUGUCUAUAUCGACCGUGUGCUUGAAAUUCAAGAAAGUAGCCCGAGCCAUCAUCCGCAGAUUUAUUCAGGUGAUCAAUUGGCCGACCGUACAAGAACAGGCCCAGAUAUCAGCAGCGUUUGAGGCAACCAACCAGCUACAGGGUGUCAUUGGGUUACUCGAUGGGACGCACAUUGAGCUGACUGGCUGUAUUGGAAGGGAUCAGGACUACAUCAACAGAUCCAGAUAUCCAUCAAUGCAGUUACAGCUUGUGGUAGACCACAAAUUAAUGAUUAGAAAUGCAACUACAGGUUGGCCUGGAUGUGCCCAUGACGCCAGGGUGCUUCGCAAUAGUGCUCUGUUCGAACGUGCUGAGGCUGGUCAGGCAGUGGCAGAUGGCAACAUAAUCUUGGCAGAUUCUGCCUAUCCGCUGAAGCGUUGGCUGAUUACACCAUUCCAGAACAAUGGAAAUUUGACAAGAGAGCAGCGAAAUUUCAACCGCAGGAUAUCAGGGUGCCGACAAAGUGUUGAAAGGGCCAUUGGUCAUCUGAAGGGACGGAUGAGGAGGUUGAAAGAGGUCAUGGGGCAUGAUGCUGAUGAGGUCGAGGAACUCAUCAUGGCAGCAUGCAUUCUGCACAAUCUUUGCAUCAUUGAGGAUGAUGACAUUGAUCAUUAUAUUGAUAUGGACCUGCCACCUCAUCCAAAUCGUUUACCAAAUAUGAUCCGAAAUGCUCGUGAUGGAGUGGUGCGUCGACAACAAGUGAUGCACGAAAUCAAUCAGCUGAGAGAUGCGGUCUAA